GGUCAUCAGUCUUAACUCUACAUGUAAGCUAUCUCAAUUGAUUUUGCUGUGAUUUGGCUUAUGCCAGAUUUUCUUAAGUACAUAUUCCUAUAUAUACGGUCGUCUGACCAUACCACUCCAUAUAUAUGGAGUGAUGGACAUACGUUCAUCAGCUAAUUCGUUUCACAAGCUAAAAUUGGGGAAUGACAUUAAUUUUUAAUCAAAAAGCAUUUAGAGCCCAGAUUUUUUUGCAUUUUCAGGCUCGUAUUUUGCGAAGCUGACCAAGCUCCCCAGACCUGGGGAAAUUUUGGGGUUUUUGUGCCAUUUCCCCAGAAUCUCCCCAAAAUAGGUAAAACUUUUCCACAGAUUUGGGAGCUUGGGUGUCCCCUGAUUGCUUCAAAAGUAGGUAGGACGAUCGUUUCAGUCCUGUAGACACCAGGGUGGAUUAUAAUCCACCCUGAAUAUAUUCAGAUUUUUGCUCCUCGUUCACUCCUAUUAUUAACAAAGUUUCCCCUUGAUCGCUUGGAUUCUGGGAAAAUCUCAAGAUCUCAUCUCUUAGCUACCAAGAAUACAUUUCGACUACUCAGUUUGACAGGGAGCUUGAUCUCACACUCCCUCAUACAAUUUUUUGAUUUAUCAUUAUGUAAAACAUAAGAGCCUAGCUGUAGAAAACUACUGAACCAUAUAAUACUUGGUCUAUUUUGUGGCUGUGUGUUCAGGGCCAUGUUUUGCACAUACGGCCCUACUAUUGACCUCGUCCCUAUCCUAUGCUUCCUAAAUAUCAUCUGCAGUAUUCAUCUUUCGAUAAUCAGCCGUUCUUAUGAACAGGAGAAAGAUCAAUUGAAAACCACUCGAUCGCUCAAAAAUAGUUGGAAAUGCCGUCGUCUGAAAAUAACUAUCCAGGAGCUGCUAGUCUAAUUCAGGAUAUUGGAAAAAAAAUGGCGAUUAUUGUACGAGGAGGUCGUGUGUUUAUUGGAUUUCUUCGAAUAAUUGACCAGUUUGGCAAUGUCGUCCUUCAUAAUGCUAUGGAACGUAUACAUGUGGCGAGAAAAUUCUGUGACGUUCCCCAGGGAAUACUUUUGAUUAGAGGUGAAAAUAUUACAAUUAUCGGGGAACUGAAUCCGGAAAUAAACAUCGACGAGAAGCUAGAAAGAGUUUCAGAAGAAGAGAUUUAUAAGCUCCAGCAAGAACAGACAGCCUCACGCAAAGAACUAGCCAAGAAGCGAGCUGAACUAUUCGCGAUACGUGGAUUAGGUUUUCCCGACUUCUUAGAUAUAAUUGACGACACAUAGUCGUUGUAUAUUUUUUUUUAUCAUGAUCAUUAAGUCGUCGCAAGUUACAUAGUGUGUCAAUAAUUGAUAAUAAAACAUUGCUUAAAUCAACUAUACAUAUGCUUAUGAACACUAUCCAUAUUCAUGCAGAAAUUUAUUAUACGGAAAAAAUAUCUUUCAAAUAAUAAAUUAGUACAGUAUUUUUUGUGACAAUGGCUCCAAGUAAUGAUAUUACCUCAGUUUAGGAUACUUGCAAUAGAUUAAAUAUAUCUUUGGAAUUGGUAAAAAUACACUGCUUACAAAAGAAACGAUUACAUCGAAUCCCCAC